AUAAAAGUAGAAAAGUUGGUUAACGAUAAAUGCUUUGAUUACUUAAUGCAUUCCCUAAAAAAUAAUUUUUAAAAAUGCUGUUAAAAGAGCUAUAUAACUCAUAUAACAGAUUUAACGAUAAACGUAUUUGGUCCAUAGUACACUUUAUUUUAAGAAAUGCGGGAAAAAUCGGGGAGAAAUCCGGGAAAAUCCGGGCAAAUCCGAGAAAAUGCUCACUUUUACUUUAACCUUUGAAGGAGAAGGUUCACUCUCAACUUGAAGAAAAGCCGAAAAUGCCGAAUAUGUCUACCUCUGAGAGUAUGCUGAAGUUGUUUCAACCACCACGAGAAUGUCUGUUUAAUGCUGCUAUGACGGAAAAGAAGAAUGAAGCAUUGUUAACAGCCUUGCUAUUUAAACCUACUCUUGGAGUUCAAUGGCUGCCAGAUGAUGUAAAGUUCAGUAGAACUUCCUCUCCGCUACUAAUUGAGGACAUCCUUUCUACUACAUCCUCAACAGUCAACUCCAGAUCUUCAGAGUUCUACUCCAACCUCGACAUUAAGAACUCCAAAUGUUCAGAGUUCUACUCCAACCUCAACAGUCAACAUAGAGUACUCUAGAUCUCUAGAGCUUUACUCCAACCUCAACAUAAAGAACUCCAGUCCUCCAAAGUUCUACUCCAAUUCAACAUAAAGAACUCCAGACCUCCAGAGUUCUGCUCCAACCUUAACAAAAAGAACUCUAGAUCUCCAGAGUUUCACUCCAACCACAACAUAAAGAACUCCAGAUCUCCCAUGUUCUACUCCAACCUCAACAUACAGAACUCCAGAUCUCCCAUGUUCUACUCCAACCUCAACAUACAGAACUCCAGAUCUCCAGAGUUCUUCUCCAACCUGAACAUACAGAACUCCAGACCUCCAGAGUUAUACUCCAACCUCAACAUACAGAACUCCAGAUCUCUUGAGUUAUACUCCAACCUCAACAUACAGAACUCCAGAUCUCUUGAGUUCUACUCCAACCUCAACAUACAGAACUCCAGACCUCCUGAGUUCUACUCCAACCUCAACACACAGAACUCCAGAUCUCCAGAGUUCUACUCCAACGUCAAAAUACAGAACUCCAGAUCUCUUGAGUUCUACUCCAACCUCAACAUACAGAACUCCAGAUCUCCAGAGUUCUACUCCAACCUCAACAUACAGAACUCCAGACCUCCUGAUUUCUACUCCAACCUCAACACACAGAACUCCAGAUCUCUUGAGUUCUACUCCAACCUCAAAAUACAGAACUCCAGAUCUCUUGAGUUCUACUCCAACCUCAACACACAGAACUCCAGAUCUCUUGAGUUCUACUCCAACCUCAACAUACAGAACUCCAGAUCUCUUGAGUUCAACUCCAACUUCAACAUACAGAACUCCAGAUCUCCAGAGUUCUACUCCAACCUCAACAUACAGAACUCCAGAUCUCCAGAGUUCUACUUCAACCUCAACACACAGAACUCCAGAUCUCUUGAGUUCUACUCCAACCUCAAAAUACAGAACUCCAGAUCUCUUGAGUUCUACUCCAACCUCAACAUACAGAACUCCAGAUCUCUUGAGUUCUACUCCAACCUCAACAUACAGAACUCCAGACCUCCAGAGUUCUACUCCAAUGUCAAAAUACAGAACUCCAGAUCUCCAGAGUUCUGCUCCAACCUCUACAUAAAGAACUCCAGAUCUUAAGAGUUCUGCUCGAACCUCAACAUUAAAAAAUCCAGAUCUUCAGAGUUCAACUCCAACGUCAAACUCCUCAUCUCUUGAGUUCUACUCCAUCCUCAACAUACAGAACUCCAUACCUCCAGAGUUCUACUCCAACCUCAACACACAGAACUCCAGAUCUUCAUGAGUUCUGCUCCAACCUCAACAUACAGAACUCCAUACCUCCAGAGUUCUACUCCAACCUCAACACACAGAACUCCAGAUCUACAUGAGUUCUGCUCCAACCUCUACAAAAAGAACUCUAGACCUUUAGAGUUCUACUCCAACAUAAAGAAGACAUUUUAGACUAGACUGGGAUUAUCUCUUCAGAUAAAAGAGUAGUGUUUAAAACUAUGCAAGAGUUCAAAUUAAAAGAAAAUUAGCUUGACUUUGCUGUGGUUUAGAAUUGGAUUUUAUUUUGAUAGAUUCGCUUUACUUUACAUUCCAUACAAUUUAUUGUUUUAUUUUAUUGUUUUUUUUUCUAUUUGAAAAUAUAUCGAUAUCAUAAUUCAUUCUAUGUACAAAUAUUAGUUAUG